UGAAUAUUAAUAGUUAUGAGGUUUUUGUAUUCAAUACCAGACAUAAAUUACCCUCUGUCGCUGUGAAUGGACUGCUGUUCCGUACCAACUGUACAGUCUGGCUGUGCAGGAACAAAUGUUUACGUGACCUAGAAUCUUCCUUCAAGGAUUCCAUUGGAUUUGGCUGUGUGUGACAGCCUCCAUGAACAACUUGAAUGACCCACCCAGAUGGAACAUCCAACCAGACCCAAGAGGAAGAGGUGUGGGGGCCGGUGAUGGCAACCAAUGGAACUACGCACUUCUCGUCCCGAUGCUGGGACUUGCUGCAUUUCGCUGGAUCUGGACCAGGGAGUCUCAAAGGGAGAUCCAGAAUGUCAAAACCCAGUAUGACAAGGAUGUUUCUACAAUAAAAAGUGAAAUGGAGGCCCAGUACCAGGAGACACUGACAGAGAGACGCAGGGCAGCAGCCAUGCUAGAGCUGGAGCUGGAAAAAGAGAGACAGCGGGUCAAAGGCUACAAACAGGCCCUCAUUUCACAGAGCCAGCAGCUCAUGGAGGAACGGAAAACACUUCAACGGGAACGAGAGGCCUUGGAAGAGGAAAGGCAAAGACUAGUAAAGUCUGGUGCUGCAGGUGCUGUGCUGCAUCGUGCCCUAGAACAAGAGGACAACUGGUACCAGCGAGCCACCACCACUCUGAAGGAAUUAGAGAGUCUUCUUGUGGAACGCCAGAACGCCUACUGUUCCCUCAUCCAACGUCGAGAUCAGCGGCUGGAAAUGGAGAAGAACAUAUUGCUAAAAGUGGUAAAAGACCCAAUCGAGAAAGAACUGAAUCUAGAGUCUGACUUGAAGGAUAUUUUUAAGAGGGAUAAGCACUGUGCAGACCUGCUAAACAUGGACAAGAGGAAGAACGGAAGCCUCAUGUGGGUGUACCUCAAAUAUUGGCAGCUGCAGGUCACUGUCCAGAAACAUAGGAGAGCCGAGGAAGCCAUAUUAGGAGGCAAAAUCCAGCCUCACACAAAGUGACAAAUUUAAAAAAAUAUGCUGGUGUUUUUUUUUUAACUCUAAAGAAUGUUCAAAACAUGUGUCUCAGGAAUGGCAAAUACACAUUUAGUUGUUACUUGAUAAGUAUGGAAUUAAAAAAACAGUAAUCUCAGAGGGUUUCGCGUGCUGAAAUUAAAUAUGACUACAUAUUAUUUCACAAGUCCUAAAUAAAAGUCCUUAGCUUUAACUGAUAAAAGAUAUAUAAAGGUAAAUAUGUAUUACACAGGUUUCAAAGCUGACACAACUUCACUUUGAAACGGGUGUGCUAGUUUAAUUUCCCUUGUGCCAUGACUUGUUACUUACACAUUACUUAAAUGCAGUGUAUUUUCAGGAGGUUAGUAGUAAAAACGAACAUUCUUUCCUACUGCUAAACACGCGCACAGUAACAGCAGUAUCAAUGCAGUUUGUUUAAAUUAUUUUCAUGGGAAGGUAAUGUUGAACGCUUUCCUUUCUUUGGUACUGUCAUGGUAGAACAGCAUGACUGUUUCUUUAAUGCAGGGAGAUAAAACUGUGCACAUUAAUCUAAAUGGGGCAUCAGAGCACACAGUAAUGCUCAGGCUUUAUAUGUGUAAUGAAAACAUUUGCAAACCUUGUAACGUUACUCAAAUCUCCCUGCAUUGUUAUGUUUUGACCUUAAGUUGGUGUUGGUGGAACUAUGACUUUAUGUAUAAUAACAUGAACCUUUCUGUGCAAUCCUCCAAAUAUAAUCUUUAGUUUUUACUGCUAA